GGGGAGGGGACGGCGGUGCCGGCAGGCUCGGUGCCGGGGGGGGACACACACGGAGCCGGGGGGCAUCCAGCAGAGGGGCCGAAGCGCAGCGGCGAGGAAGAGGAAGAGCGAGAGAGCGUCGCUAAGACCCAGAGGGCUCUGCGGGCAGCGGGGCGGGCGGAUCGCGGGCGGCAGCGCUCCAUCGGCAGCGCAGAGAGAGAAAGGGGAAGAGGAGGAGGAGAAAGGAGGAAGGAAGGAAGGAGGGCCGGGGCGGAGGGGGGGGGGCGCGCUGGGCCCCCCCAGGCUGGCGAUGGCCUGACCGGGUCCCCGCGGCCCCCCAGCACGGCCCCCUCCCCGUGCCCAGCGGGCGGCGGGCGAUGCGGCGCGGCGGUGCCGGAGGUUUCGGGGCAGGAUGCUGAGGACGGAGGCGGCGAGCGGGGCGGCAGCCCCGGGGGGCAGCGGGGGGUCCCCGGGCGGCGGGGCGGGCGGCGGGGGGCUGAGGAGCGCGUCCCCGCACCGCAACGCCUACGAGGCCACCAUCCAGGCCCUGAAGCCCACAAAGGAUGCCGAGGGCGAGGACGGCAAGAAAGCCCGCGGCAAGAAGUAUGGCUCCAACGUCCAUCGCAUCAAGAACAUGUUCCUGCAGAUGGGGACGGCGCCGGGCCCCGAGGGCGCCUGCGACUUGGCCAAGGGCAAGGAGAAGCCCGUGCGCCUCUCCCUGCCCCGCGCCGGCAGCCUGAGCGACGGCAUGGAGCAGGGCAGCCCCCUGAGGCUGGGCACCAGCGUGUCCGAGCGGGUGAGCCGCUUCGACUCCAAGCCCGACAAGCCCUUCUCCAAGCUGCAGGAGACGCGGAAGAUCUUCGAGAGGAGCCCGCAGGAGAAGGAGGCCACCGCCAAGCUGCUGCUGCGCAAGGAGCGCGCCGGCUUCCAGGACCGCAAGCUGGACGUGGUGGUGAAGUUCAACGGCAGCACCGAGUCCUUGGACAAGCUGGACGCCGAGGCCGUGUCGCCCACCGUCAGCCAGCUGAGCGCCGUGUUCGAGAAGGCUGACCUGAGGAACAACCUGCACAAGACGCCGGGGCGCGCCGGGCCGCUCAACUCCAAGCUGGUGAGCAAAAGGUCCCGCGUCUUCCUGCAGGGAGGAGAGGGUGGCAGAGCCGAGGGCUGCGCGGAAGGCAGCGCUGCGCCCGCGCGGCCGCGUCCUGCGGAGGAGGAGAAGGCGGCGGGCAGAGCGCCGAGGUCGGCGGAGAAGGAUGGGAGCGUGCCCAGGGUGCAGGAGGUGUGCAAGAUCAAACCCGUGGAGGUGGAGGAGAGCGGGGAGUCGGAGGCGGAGGCGGAGGUGAAGGAGCCCACGGCCGCGGCCGAGGUGGCCAAAGGGGCCGAGGGGGUGGCGGUCCCCGAACCGUGCCUGGAUGGGGGCGAGGAGCCCCCCGACGCCAAGGAGGGCGGAAAGGGUGAGCGGGCGGAGGAGAGCGAGCUGUACGACGAGUCCAAGAAGGAGGACUUCUCCGAGGCGGACCUGGUGGACAUAAGUGCCUACAGCGGGCUCGGGGAGGACUCGGGGGGCAGCGGGUUGGAUGAGGAUGAGGAGGCGGAUGGGCUCUACGAGCCCGAAUCCAGCUGCAUGGAGAUCCCGGGGCUGUCCGAGGAAGAGGAGCCCGUCCCCAACCGCAAGAUCCAGUUCAGCACGGCGCCCAUCCAGGUCUUCAGCACUUACUCCAAUGAGGACUACGACCGCCGCAAUGAAGACGUUGACCCCAUGGCCGCAUCAGCGGAGUAUGAGCUGGAGAAGAGGGUGGAGAGGCUCGACCUGUUCCCUGUGGAGCUGGAGAAAGAUGCUGCAGGGUUGGGAAUCAGCAUCAUCGGCAUGGGCGCGGGGGCCGACAUGGGCUUGGAGAAGCUGGGCAUCUUCGUCAAGACGGUGACGGAGGGAGGGGCGGCCCACCGGGACGGCAGGAUCCAGGUGAACGACCUCAUCGUGGAGGUGGAUGGCACCAGCCUGGUGGGAGUGACGCAGAGCUUCGCUGCCUCCGUGCUCAGGAACACCAAGGGCCGCGUCCGGUUCCUCAUCGGGCGGGAGAAGCCGGGUGAGCAGAGCGAGGUGGCCCAGCUGAUCCAGCAGACACUGGAGCAGGAACGGUGGCAGCGGGAGAUGAUCGAGCAGCGCUACACGCAGUACACUGAGGACGACGAGGAGACAGGGGAAUACGCCACGGAUGAGGAGGAGGAGAUGAGCCCCAUGUUCCCCAGCAGUGAGAUGGCCAUCGAGGUGUUCGAGCUGGCUGAGAACGAGGACACGCUCUCCCCGGUUGAGAUGGACCCCGAGAAGCUGGUGCACAAGUUCAAGGAGCUCCAGAUCAAGCACGCUGUCACCGAGGCGGAGAUCCAGCAGCUGAAGAGGAAGCUGCAGUGCCUGGAGCAGGAGAAGGCACGGUGGCGGGCCGAGAAGGCCCAGCUGGAGCAGAGCGUGGAGGAGAACAAGGAGCGCAUGGAGAAGCUGGAGGGGUACUGGAUGGAGGCACAGAACCUGUGCCAGGCGGUGGAUGAGCACCUGAAGGAGACGCAGGCCCAGUACCAGACCCUGGAGCGCAAGUACAGCAAGGCCAAGCGGCUCAUCAAGGAGUACCAGCAAAAGGAAAUCGAGUUCCUGAAGAAGGAGACGGCGCAACGGAGGGUGCUGGAGGAGUCGGAGCUGGCGCACAAGGAGGAGAUGGAGAAGCUGCAGGAGAAGAUCUCUGAACUGGAGGCCAAGCUGCAGACCUUGAAAAAUUCCAACCCGACUUAAACCACCCUCAAACCGCAGCGAUUUGGGGGGGCGGGGGGGGCUCUGCCCCUCUCCCCCCAGCCCCUCUCAACACCCAUUCCCACCCCUUCCCACGGGGGGGAGGGGGGGGAGGUGAGAUCCCACCAAGGCCUCCUGGUGCCCCCCACCUCCCAUUGGGGCACAGAGAGGGGGGAGGGAUGGGGGGGGGGGGGUGGAUGCAAAUAGGGUUUUAUUUUGGGGGGGCGGACACCCCACAUUCGUGUCUGUCCAGUGUGAGUCUCGUGGUAACGUGAUGGACUGAUGGGGGGGGGGGGGCACGACUCCCACAGGCCUCCCCCUCCCCAAAAGCGCCCUCCUCUCGGUGUGCCCCCCCCCCACCCCCCCAUCCCAGACAUUGUUGAGGGGGGCAAACAGAAAUCAUCUCCCUCCCCCCAAAAAUGUGAACCAUAUUGGGGAGCAAAAGGGGGUACGCUGGAAGCCCCCCCGUCUCUAUCCCCUCCUCUUGGGACUCAGUUGGAGCACUGUCUGGGGGGGGUGGUUGCCUUUGUGUGCCCCCACAUGGAAUUUCUCCCCCCCCUCCACCCCCCACCCCCCCGAGCUCUAUGCUGGGCCCUCUCAGCCCUUAGAUAAUGAUGGGGUCCCACCGCCCCCCCGCCCCAUACACACCCACUGCCACCACUGAGGUGCUGGGGGAGGCGGGGGGGGGGGAACGCACAGACCCUUUGCCAAGCUCUGUCCAUGCCAACCUGUGCAGCUGGCACGGGGUGGGGGGGGGGGGCACCCCCAGCACCGCCACAUUCGCCCCCAGCCCAGGGCUUUGCCUUCCCUGGGGGGGGAGGGGAGGGGGCACGGGGAUCCCCCUCCGGUGGGGGGAGCAAUGCCAGGAGGUGGUGACCCCCCCUCACCCCCCAAUUGUAAAUACACCCCCAGUAAAUCACAGUAUUCCUCCGGGGCACUCCCCCCCCCCCCACUGGCAGCC